UGUUUUCCCUCUCCAGCCAGACGCAUCUCGAGUGCAAAUUUGACUCGGUGUAUUUUUUUUGUUAAACUUUUUAAAGACGGAUUGCUGUGAUUUUACAAUUUUUUGAUUAUACAACUGCGAGUGCCUGCGAGGCUUCUCUUGAUUGUAAUGGAUGAGCAAAGUGCACUGGGUGAAAAAAUCGACCAGACAACCGACACCGGCAACAAAAUGGCGUCUGCGGAUGCGAACUCGAAGACGACGCAGCACGAGCUGAAAAUCAUGGAUGUAGAAGGAGCGAUGGACACCACCGACGUCCCACUGGUUAUAGAGGUGGAAGACUCAGAUAUUGAAGAAACGGCCGACAAUGCACACGUGGUUGGAGGACAGCAGACGGCGCUGAUUAGCUCUGCAGCAGAAGAUGAGAAGCCACUCGAUGAUCCUCUUGUGGAAGACAAAGAAAAUAUGUCCACCAAAACCGAGCUGAGCAGCGACGUGGAGAGCAACAACUCGUACGUUGACCCCAUGGGGCUGCUCGAGCGCCUGGACAAUCAUGGGGACGCGGACAGUCAGGAUGAUGAAGAUGACUUUAGCAUGGAUGAUGGCGCUCCUGCUGGCACAUCAGCCCGCACGCUCUCGUCAGCAAAUCGCUGGCAAGUGUGGAUGAACCGCUGGCCCUGGCUGCUGCACGAGGACAGUGAUGGCACCUACGCCUUCUGCCUCUACUGCAACAUAAAACUCAAUGUGAACAGAAAAUCCAAGCACAUCCAGCAGCACAACAUGUCGCUGUACCAUCAGGAGCGGGAGACCAACUACCUGGCCUUCAAGGAAAGCGAGAAGCUGGCCCAAGCCGCCACUGGCGAGCAGAAUAACGCCGAGGUCAAGCACGAGUUCGGCACCAGCAGCUAUGUGGCGGCCAUGAAAGAGAAGCGCGGCAGGGAGAUUGAUUCGUUCAACGACUUCAACUGGACGCGAUGGCUUGCAGUGCACCCCUGGCUGGAGCGCUCCCAGCCACAGGGUACACUUGGCACGUGUACGUGGUGCAACGUGAAAAUGAAUGUGGAGUUUGUGUACCUACGCAAGCGGCACGAGGCCUCCAAAAGCCAUGUAGAGUUCGUGCGCCAGCAAGGAGUCUUUCUCAAACAGUCGCUCAAGCGCAAGCGCACUGCCAGCACGCACCAGCCCCCUGUUCCGCAGGAAGAGGAGGAGGAAGAAGAGCCAGCGCCACGGCAGAACAGCACCAUUGUGACUGUAGUUGGCGGGGACAUCGAUGCCAGCAACGAUCCCAGCCAGUGGUGCGAACUCGUUGGUGACACGAGUCCCCAGCAAUGCCGCUGCACCCUCUGCAACUGUCAGAUGGCGAUAACUAGCUUCUUGCGUCACUGCAAAACCAAAGUUCACUGCCAGAGCCUCUAUCUCCACCAGAAUUCGGAUAGCUCCAUGCUAAAUCGCGGAAUUUGGGCGCAUUACUCCGAGCUGCACCCCUGGAUGGUAGCAGAUCCUGAUGACGCCAGCAUGGCGUAUUGCAGCAUCUGCUGCAAGCGCUUCGUGUACGGGCACUCUGAGAUCAAGCGCAAGAGCCACGAGAACUCCGAGAAGCAUCUGGCGGCCGUUGCCGCCAACAAAGCUGCUAAUGGCGGAGUCGCAGAAGCGGUGGAGGAGGAGGAGCAGCAGCCCAGCGAGCCAGCCCCAUCGGUGGCACGCACCGAAAGCGAGGGCAGUGAUGGCGAGUACCAAUUGGAUGAGGAUGAUGAAGACUGGUCCGAAUCGCAUAAGGGAUAUUCUGCGGAGCAAACGAGCCCCUGGAAGCGCAGGACAAGGCCUGCGCCUCGAUUUUAUUCUUGGCUGCGCUACUCCAAAGAUCGCAAAACACAGAUUUGCCGGUUCUGUCGCGUGCGCUUCUACAACGAGUCGAGCAAGGCGCGACACGAGCUCAGUGUGCGCCACAACAAGCUGGUUAAGCAGCACAAGUUGCGCCAGGGAAUGCUUCGCCAGGAGAACCAGUUGCAGGAGGAGCAGAGCAACACGGACUCUGGGACCAUAGACGAAAAGUCAGCCAUGCCAUCCAGCAAGAUCGGCAACACCAUUCCGGCCACAAUGAAGGGCAAGGUGAUGGUAUGGAAGGAGCGCUACCCCUGGCUCUCCUACAAGCGCAGCGAGCAGCGCAGAAACUACGGCUGGUGCAAGCUGUGCGAGGUGUCCGUCUUCCUGCCCACCUCCAAGUACGCGUCGAAGCAUCAGCGCUCGUCGCGUCAUGUGCGGCUGCGCAUCGAAAGGAAACGCACGGGUGACAAACCGCCAGCCGCAGCGAACAAAGACGUCAUAUCCGCGGCGGUCGCCACUGCGGCAGCGUUAACCAGUGCCGAUGCCAAGCAGAAGGCGGCUAUGGCAGAGCUGCAGGCCAAGUACGAUUGGCUGGAUCCCGAUGCCACCGAUGAGAACCACUGCAACUGCCGCAUCUGCGAGACCCGGCUCCCCAUCAAGGUGUUCUUUCUGCGCCAGCACGACUCGUCGCGAAAGCAUGCCGAUAAUCUCGAGAAAUAUAAGAGCAACGCCGCGGCCACAAAACCCUCCUUGGCCGCUGGUGCUGCGGCCGAGAUGCACGAUCACGGCUUGGAAGUGGAUCAGGACAGCGAUGAGGCGUUGAGCGUCAAAUCUGAGGGCAGCACGACGGGAGAGCCGCCGUCGAAGCGUUCACGCCGCUCGAUGGAGGUGCGGCGCAUCCUACGCGUACUGCGCGACUCAGUGGGCAAGCGAUCGGACGAGCGCAGCCAAAUGGACAUGGCCAAGGACAUGAUCUGCUCCUCCUUCGACAUUGUGACGCGCCUUCGCAACCUGGAGCGAGACGCGGGACCGCAGAUGGAUUCCACGGCGCUGGCGCCGGGUUCGCCCAAUGUUUCGAUAACGUCCGUGCCACCAGGGCCCCGGCACGUUAUGGAUCUCUUCUUCGACAGCAUUUCGCCGACUAUGAAAGCCCUGCCGGCCGAUCUGGCCGCCGAAGGCAAAGCUAAGAUCAUGCAGCUUGUCUGUGGCCUGGAAGUGCGAGCCAUGCAGCGCGUCGUGGGUGCCAAUGCUCCAGCGUCAGGCUCAACGGGAGCCAACGGUGUCGCCCACAGCACGGAGACAGCUAGCUCUGAUGCUUCCCCCAACAAUGGAGCCGACUCUUCGUCGCCAGCGCUUUCCAACUCGACCACCAUAUCCAUAAACGAUCUAAUGGACGAGCACAAUGCUCAGCAGAACAACAACGAAGUUGAGAAAGCCAGCCAGUCCAGCCCCAUGACACAGAAUAAGGGUCAGGUGACUGUCAGUGUCAAUGGCUCCGCCAAGGAUCUGUUGAGCAAUGUGCGCCGCUAUUGGCCCACCUCCAUGCAGGUGUCCAGCCGCCAGGACGCCGACGCAGUGCGCUGCGUGCCCCUCAACAAGCUGACCACACCCAGCAGCUUGAACGUGCGCAAAAGUGUCAACAGCUCUUCUGAAACCACCUGCACGUUCACGCCAGUGAAGUCCGCCUCUCCCCCCAAAACGGAUGCGAAUAAUGGCAAUCCCCUGGCAAUGAUGCGCCAGAUUCGUGUCAACAAUGGCAACCAGUCCAAGAUGAUAACCAUUUCAAAGACACAGACUGUGCCACAGCAUAAGCAGCCGCCUGCCCAACAAGUGCGUCAUCCCGCAGCCAGCACCAAUGGGGGGGCACACAUCCAAAAGGCCCAGACCCAGGCACAGUACAGGGCCGUUCAAAGCAGCAACAACAAUCGCAUUGUGAAGAGUCAGCAGCUGACAAUCAGUAGGCCAUCAAACACACACAAACCAUAGGAUGCUCCCAUUCAUACAUAGGCUUAGCUUCUUGUGUACUUUCCCGACUAGAUGUGGAUGUUCUUCACUGGUCGGUCACGUCCCCU